AUGACCUCCGCGGACUCCACCCAACGUCCAACCCUAGUAUACAUAGAUGGUACUCGCUCCAUCGCCCUUUAUACCUACGGGCCGAAGCCAAACAACUCCCAAGAUCCUGUAGUGCUCUUCGUCUCCGGUGUCGCAAGCAGUAGUUUGAACUGGGCAGCCGUCGUGCGGCAGCUUUCUCCCUCUAUACGCUGCUACACCUACGACCGCGCUGGUUUUCGCCAUUCUGACGUCUCUCCACACCCACCGACGGCCGAGAACAUUGCGCACGAUCUCCUACACCUUGUAGAGAACGUUCCCUUCACCAACCCUAUUAUCCUCGUUGGGCAUUCUUGGGCUGGCGUCCUGAUCAAUGAGUUCAUUGCCCUCACAGGAAACGGUAACCACAUUGCUGGCGUGGUGUUUGUGGAUGCCAACCACGAGUCGAUGCCACAGGUCUUGGACGUCAACGAUCCGGAUCUUCAGAUCAUAUCCGAGAGCGUUAAUCACUACGUUGCCAAGGGCAUUGAAGCGGAGCACAAGCUGACGCAGGCUGAGUGGGACGCGCUCAUGGCCGAUGAAUCGACCGAGAAGUAUGCGGCGAUUGCGCGUAGGGAGGAGGACGAAUACGCACGAAGCUUCGACACUUUGCGAAACAAGCUGUUGAAUGAUCAGCAGCCGCUGCUUGACGACAAGCCAGUAUAUGUGAUUGGAGGUAUGCGAAGCAGAGACUGGAACGGCAUAUACAAGGCAGGCGUCGCGAGAGGAAAUGGAAGCGAAGAACAGAGGAGCCGAGUACGCGCCUUGAUAAAGACGGCCGACGAGAAGAGUGAGAGCAUCAUGAGACGACACCUUGAGCUAUCGACGAAGAGCAAACUAGUGUUUGCGCGUGACAGCGGCCACUUUGUUCAGAUGACGCAGCCCGAAGUGGUCGUCGAGGGGGUGCAAUGGGUCCUCAACGCGCGGGACGGGUCGUAG